AUGUCACAACUCAGCAUCCCCUCCAUCGCAGCUACUGCUGCGGUGUUCUUCCUUGUGUAUCGGUUCAUCAUUUUCCCUCUCUUCCUAUCGCCAUUGUCUAAAAUUCCAUCGGCACACUUCACGAGUCAUCUUUGUCCACUAUGGAUUUACUGGAUCCGCUACAAGAACAUUGAGAAUCGUACAAUGUACGAUCUACACAAGUUGAAAGGGCCUAUUCUCAGAACUGCCCCAUCACAGCUUAGUAUCAACUGUUAUGAAGGCGGCCUGAAGACCAUAUACACUGGGGGAUUUCACAAAACCGACUUCUACCACAAUCGAUUCAUCAACUAUGGAGUGGACCCUAUGUUCGCCAUGUCGGGCGCUGCUCAUUCUGCUCGAAAGCGAAUGCUUUCACACGUGUAUGCCAAGUCAUACAUCUUGUCCAACCCAACAGUGCGUGCAACUACCAAGGCAGUUCUAUAUGAUAGGCUGCUACCAAUCAUCCACGAGGCUGCCACAUCUGGAGCUACUCUUGAGGUGUUGGAAAUUCUUGCAUCAUAUUCUAUGGACGCCUUCAUGACCUUCCAGUUUGGCUUGAAACUAGGAAGCAACUUUCUUCACAAUGAGCAAGAACGUAAAUGGUAUCUGCACACAUUUUAUGUUAGGAGACCAUACCUAUUCUGGAUGACUGAACUGCCUAAGUUUACCAACUUCAUGAAAAAGGUCGGCUUCCCGCUGGUUCCGAAGUGGGUGGACCAAGCCACUCUUGACCUCGAGGACUGGCAAAUGCGCAUCUGCGAUAAUGCAGAAAAGCUCCUCUCCGAUGGCUCCGAAAUAGAUGUCAAGGAUGUUCCCCUAGUAUACAAACAUGAGCGGGCGGCCUUCAUCAAGCAAGAUGGGGAGAAGGGACCUCUCAAUGGCCAAGCUUACCCUCGCCGCUUGGAGAUUGCAAGUGAUAUGUAUGAUCACAAUGCAGCUGCUCAUGAGACUAGCGGCGAUACUUUGUGCUAUUUAUUCUAUGAGCUCUCGCGUCGACCAGAUCUCCAGGAUAAGCUACGAGCGGAGCUUCGCUCUUUGUCGCCUCCUCUUCACUACCCUUCGACACCGGAUGAAAACGGCGAAUCGCUUCCUGAUUCAAAAGCCGUUGACCAGCUACCUUUCCUCGAUGCAGUUCUUCAAGAGACUCUUCGUUUGUGGGUCGCCGUACCAGGAGGUCAGCCACGUGUCACCCCAGAACCAUCUUGCAGUCUUGCUGGUUAUGACAACAUUCCCCCAGGUGUUCGUGUACAAUCCUCUGGAUUCGCAAUCCACCGUGAUCUAAAUGUCUUCCCUGAACCAAACGAAUGGAUACCGGAGCGUUGGUUGAACCAAACACCAGAGAAAUUGUCCGAGAUGAGACGGUGGUUUUGGGCAUGGGGCAGUGGGGGCGCCAUGUGCAUAGGAAGCAAUAUUGCCAUUCAUUCUAUGAAGCAUUGCAUUGCCGGCGUCUACUCCAACUACAAAACAUUCAUUGUCCAUGCACCGGACAUGGAGUUGGCAGAAGGCUUCACUGCGGGACCACAGGGUGGCAAGUUGGAACUUAGGUUUCAGCAUGUUUCUGAAUAG